AAGCUUAGAGGAGUAGGAGGAGCUCAGCUGACAGUCAGGAGAGGGAGGGCUGGCAGAGAGCUGGAAGGGAGUGUUGGUUGCAGAGCAGGGCUGAUUUCUUCUCCUGAUGUCAGACUGAGGGAGGAACUUCCUGCUUCCUCUCAAUCCCCUGCUGCCACCCCUAUAGGCUUUUUGAUUUUUUUAGGGGCCUGGCAUCCAUUGCUGCGUUGGAUGUUUUGGGGCUGCUGCCCCCAUUCUUGGAUGUGGGGGGGAGGCGCAUACCCCCGUCAGGUUGGUCGGAGCAGCCAAAAGGCCCCAUCCCGGCUCCGUUAUGAUUUGCUCGGUGACAGCUGGGGACAGGCUGAGCCUCACAUCAACCCGGAGGGAACUGGAGAAGCCCCUGCCGGAGGGAGACUCAGCUCAGGUCCCUGUAACAUUUGAUGAUGUUGCCGCCUAUUUUUCUGAGGAUGAAUGGAAGGACUUGGAGGAAUGCCAGAAGGAACUGUACAAGGAUAUGAUGAAGGAGAAUUAUGAAGCCCUGAUUUCUCUGGGUAAUUUCACACCAUACAGCACCAACUCUUUACUGCUGGAUGAUGGGCCUGUCAGUGAUAAGGAAAAGUCCAAAUACAAUGACAAACUGGAAAGUAUUGCGACCCCAUCCCUGCCCAUGUUGGAUCAGGUGUUACCCUGCCCCGAUAUGGGAAAUGAAAGCACAAGCCAACCAGAGCCAAACCAGCCUGAGCCAAGUCAGCUGGAACAGAAUCAAAUGGGAAGCCCAGGAGAGAAUGAGGCUUCUUGUACAGAGACCUCUGCCAACCAAACAGAACCUGGAAAGGACGAAGCAGAGAAGCAGUAUCAGUGCACGCAAUGUGGAAAGAACUUCCGGAAAAGGGACAGCCUAAAACGACACCAGCAAACGCACACCGGGGAGAGGCCCUACAACUGCAUAGAGUGUGGCAAGAGCUUUAUCCAAAAGCAGCACCUGGUGACCCACCUGCGCACACACACCGGGGAGAGGCCUUACAAAUGUGAGGAAUGCGGCAAGAGCUUGAGCACAAAUGAGCGACUGAAAAUCCACCAGCGAAUCCACACGGGCGAGAGGCCUUACAAGUGCGACGAUUGUGGGAAGAGCUUUAGGGCUCACCGGGUACUCAAGGUCCACCAGCAGACACACACAGGAGAGAGGAUCCACAAGUGUGAGGACUGUGGCAAGCGUUUCCGGCACAAGCAGACCCUCUUGGCCCACCAGAGAAGCCACACUGGCGAGACCACGUAUCAGUGCAAUGAGUGUGGUGAGAGCUUUCGGACCUUCAAGCACUUAAAAUUUCACCAAAAGCUUCACCGUGGGGAAAAGCCCCAUGAAUGUGAGGACUGUGGGAAAGGGUUCAGGAAAAGGGAGCACCUCAGGAGACAUCAGCAAAUCCACACGGGGGAGCGCCCCUUCUCCUGUGAAGAAUGUGGCAAAGGCUUUAUCCAGAAGCAUCACCUGGUGAGACACCAGAGAACCCACACAGGAGACAGGGCCUUCACGGUGGUCAUAGUGGAAGAAUUUAAUUAUUCCAAUAACAACAGCAAGAACAAUGGCAACUAUAAGGGCAGUCCACAUAUCUGUAGCGAGUGUGGAAAGAGCUUCACUACUUAUGAACAUCUGAAGCGCCACAACAGGAUACACACUGGGGAACGACCCAACAAGUGCGCAGAUUGUGGCAGGACUUUUAAAUCUCAGAAGCUUCUGAAGGCCCAUCGACAGGCCCAGGAUGAGGAGACGGGACUUUGUAAGGAGGAGGACAGUGAGAACAGUGAAAGCCAACACAUUGGGCCUGGAGAGAAGCCAUUCGAAUGUGGUGAGUGUGGGAAAAUGUUCCGCUUUCUCAAGCACUUAAAGUUCCACUUGCACACGCACACGGGAGAAAGGCCCUUCAAGUGCGAAUCCUGCCAGAAAACGUUCAGGAAAAGAGACUGCUUGAAACGGCACCAGCAGAUCCACACGGGGGAAAGACCUUUCACCUGCACCGACUGUGGUAAAGGUUUCAUUCAGAAACAGCACUUGGUGAGGCACCAGAGAACUCACACGGGGGAGAGGCCUUACAUCUGCAGCGAGUGCGGCAAAACGUUCAGCACGUGCGAACACCUGAAGAUCCACGGGCGCACCCACACGGGGGAGAAGCCGUACAAGUGCAACGACUGUGGUCAGAGCUUCCGCAAGCGGGAGUACCUCAAGUGCCACCAGCAGACCCACACCGGAGAGAGGCCCUUCACGUGCACCGAGUGCGGCAAAAGCUUCAUCCAGAAACACCACCUUAUUGCUCAUCAUCGGACCCACACAGGGGAAAGACCAUACCAGUGCAAUGACUGUGGGAAAACCUUCAGGCACAAGCAGAACCUGACCACACAUCAGAAAACCCAUGGCAUUGGCUUGUAAGGGCUCAAAGGCCCAAACUCACAUCUGGGCUUUUUAUUGACCUUCCUCCCAGUUUUCAUUCUGGCUUCUACCUGGCUUAGAUAGGCUUCCAUUAUAUAUAAUAUAUAUGGUGUCUGCUCUUCAGGAACGAGACAAUCACAGCGGUCCCGGCAUGGAGAACAUUAGAAUUUGGAAGGAAUUCUAUGAUUUUGAUUGACCUGUUGUCUGGUCUCACAUACUUGACAAUACCGAACGUAUCCUGUUGAAAUAUUGCUCCAUAAUGAUUCCCCGCUCCUUGGCUUGUACCAUUUCUAAUAUUACAGGAAAGCAUAGAAGUCCAUGGAACAAACCAUUAAAUACAUGGGAACGGGGGGAGGGGGGUUAUAUAGGUGUAUUUCAGAUCAGUGCCAAGAAAAAAAUAUGGAACUUUAACCUUCUUACAUUUGUACAAGUGUGACUUUGAUUGGUGCUUUACAUGUGCUGCCAAUUUUAUGUGCCACCUCCUGCUGCAGUGUUACCUAUACAGGCAUUGAGCACAGAAUUAUGGGAAAGCAAGCUAUGCAUCCCUUAUACUUGCCGCUUCAGUCUUCACCCCAUAAUUCACCUCUCACUGCAUCCAUUGCAUUGCCCUAUAGCCUCAUACCUGAUCUAUGGAUUCUAAAGGUUCAUCUUUAAUACUAUGUUACUGGCUCAGCAUUCUAAGCAACCUUUCAAUUAGCCUUGUUUCUUUUAUAGAUUUUGAAUGAUUUGCUUUCAUCUUCUGACUCUUUCCAGCUUUCAAAUGGGGGUCACUG